AUGCAAAUGGCGGACGUUAUUUUUGAAAUUUGUUCAAAUUUGUUGUUUUCGGUUGUUUUCAUGGUUUUUGUGUUGUAAAUUAUAAUAAAAUAUUAUUUAUAACUUAGAAGACACUAAAAUGGCUGAACGUCUUAUAAGUAGAAAGCAAAGUGCAUUGCUGUCGAGGAAAAAGUCUUUACUGAAUGAAAUCAAUUAUUAUGAAUCUAAAGUGAAUGAAGAAAGUUUGGCAUCCAACAAUAACAAUCUAUGUUGCGAUGAUAGUUCGGACUCGGAGUGUGAGUUCACACUGGAGGUCGGUCUGUCCAUCACAGAGCUGAAACUGAAGCAGCGGUCUCUGAAGACCUGUCUCCAGGCCACCCAGGAGCUGACCGGGGUGACCGUAUUGCAGUCAGAAGUUAAUGCCCUUGUCCGUGAUCCAGUGCUUGAAGGCGAGCGUCCAAUCUCAGAGGAGGGAAUGUGGCGGGAAGUAACAGCAGAGUGUCGGAUAGAUUUGGUGCCGUUCAGCAUUAAUUAUUAUGUCCAUAAGCCUAGCCGCAUGUUUGGGCCCAUGUCAUAUAGGAAUCUGCAGGUGACUCCGGUGAAAGCUUCCCACGAGGUGGAGCUGGCAAAGUCCAUACUGAAAACCAUCAGACAACCCAGUGAUGCUAUAGAGAUAAUAAGAAACUAUUCUGCGGCCCACCGCUCACGGCGGACUACUCUGGCGCGGCUCGCCGAAAAAUAUGGUGAAGCCCUGUUCAUGGUCCCAAUGCCCGAAGGUGGAUACAGAUUGAAGUGUGCAGAGCUGAUGGAGGUGCAGUGGUCCCUGCAGAACAAGUGGUCGCCCCUCGCGCCCUUCCACCACAAAAUGGUGUUCGACCUCGAGUUUAUGGACGAGUCCUACAUCAAAACAAUAUCCACACUACAUAAACAGAUUAUAGACCCAACAAUAGAUACGGACGAUAGAACAUUACUUCUCGCAAAAAUUAUAAACACGUGCUUAGAAGCUAAGGCUCAUACCACGCAGAAUCAAGCAGAAGAAAGUACAGAGUCAGAAUCGGAGGCUGCUGAAAAAUUACGGAGAAGACGCACGACGCUCGAUCAGGAGCCCCAGGAACCCGAGAGAAACAGAAAGAAGGACAGCGAGGUUAUGGCCCCGCCUAAAUCUUUGCCGAAGAAAACUAAACCUAAAGGAAAGGAAAAUACGACUGACAAUAAAACGAAACCAGUGAAACGUGUAGCUGACGAUGUGGGGGAAAAAGAAAGCGCAAAAAAGGCAAAAACAACUGCAGAUAAACUUACAGAGAAAAACACUGAAAAUAAAACUAAGAAUACUAAAACCAAACCAGACAAAGUCAAUAAAGAUAACAACGAAAACAGUGGCGGAAACGUUGAUGACGGAAAUGUUAUUAUGAGUGAUAUAAAUCCAAAAAAGGCUAAAAUGACAGCAACAGAUAAACUUACAGAAACAAAAAACACGGAAAUCAAAACGAAGAAUUCAAAAUCUAAAACAGAUAAAGUCAAUAAAGAUAACAAUGCAAAUGACGGCGGGAAAUUUGAUGAUGCAAAUGUUGUUACGAGUGACUCAAAUCAAAAAAAGGCGAAAGCGACAGCAAUAGAUAAAGUUAUAGAAACAAAAAACACGGAAAGCAAAACGAAGAGCACGAAAACUAAACCAGAUAAAAACAAUAAAGAUAAUAAUGCAAAUAAAGGUGAGAAAAUUGACGGCAAAAAUGUGAUUAUGAGUGAUAAGAAUCCAAAAAACUCUGAAAAGAUAAGAAAAAAUAGUAAAAACAAACAUCCCGACAUGGCUAACGAUCAACCCAUUACAACAAAUAACGUUAAAGAGAGCUACAAGUCCGACAAGAGUAAGAAUACAGUAAAAGAUAGCAAACAACAAAAAACACAAAAAUUAGAUAACAAAGCUAGUUCGAAUAUAGUUACUCAGAGUACACAGGUAAAUAAAGCUUUGAAUAAGGAAAAAGAAACCGUCGAAGAUAAAUCAGAUUCAAAACAACAAAGAAAAUCAUCUGCUAAUGUUAUAAAAAAUAUUAAAGCUAAACAAAAGGAUGACUUUUUGAAGGGCAAAGAACAUAAAAGUAGCAAAGAUAGUGUGAUACAGAAAAUACAUACUAAAGGCAUGAAAAUAAAAGCGUCAGAGACAAUAUCGAAAAAAAGUAUUGGUAACAUAAACAAACAAAGCAUAAACAACCCAAAACUUGCGCUUGCUACAAAAACAAAUAAGGAGAAGUCGCAAGAUACUGCGUUACCAAAUUUGAUUAAGAAUUCCAAAGAUGUGUCUAAAAAACCUACAAUAGCAAAUUAUCUUAAAAAUUCAUUUUUACCAAAGGCUGCAAACAAACUCAAAAGUGCUUUACCAACAAAGAUACCAAGAAUUAGCCCUCGGAAGCUGUCGAGUAUAAAAUCAAAUAUACAGGAUAUCUCUAAAAGCUCCAAAACAUCUCAGAAGUCACUACAGAAGGCUACAAAUAUACCAAGAUUGUUGAAGAAGCAACAAAUUUUCAAGACUAAUAAAGUGUAAAUAGAAGUUUUCAAGAUCUACUAAUGCAGAUGUAGCAAGAAAGUUUAAAUGAUUUUAAAGUGUUGACAAUUUGUUUGAAGGACUCGUGUGUAUCAUAUUUAAAUGCAGUGCAUAUUUUCUGUAAUGUAUAAGCUAGACCUAUUAUGUGUCCAGUCUCAAGUAUAAUUAUGUGAAUGUUGUUGCAAUGUAAAAUAGUGUUAUUUGUUAUACAAUC